AUGAGUCGGGGGCUUAGUCAGCAGGUCUGUAAUGAAGUCUGCAGGUUCUCAGUCCCAGGAUCCAGCACAUCUCCCUCCAUCACAGCACAUCUCCCUCCAUCACAGCACAUCUCCCUCCAUCACAGCACAUCUCCCUCCAUCACAGCACAUCUCCCUCCAUCACAGCCCAUCUCCCUCCAUCACAGCCCAUCCCCCUCCAUCACAGCACAUCUCCCUCCAUCACAGCCCAUCCCCCUCCAUCACAGCACAUCUCCCUCCAUCACAGCACAUCUCCCUCCAUCACAGCACAUCUCCCUCCAUCACAGCACAUCUCCCUCCAUCACAGCACAUCUCCCUCCAUCACAGCACAUCUCCCUCCAUCACAGCACAUCUCCCUCCAUCACAGCACAUCUCCCUCCAUCACAGCACAUCUCCCUCCAUCACAGCCCAUCUCCCUCCAUCACAGCCCAUCCCCCUCCAUCACAGCACAUCUCCCUCCAUCACAGCCCAUCCCCCUCCAUCACAGCACAUCUCCCUCCAUCACAGCACAUCUCCCUCCAUCACAGCACAUCUCCCUCCAUCACAGCACAUCUCCCUCCAUCACAGCACAUCUCCCUCCAUCACAGCACAUCUCCCUCCAUCACAGCACAUCUCCCUCCAUCACAGCCCAUCUCCCUCCAUCACAGCCCAUCCCCCUCCAUCACAGCACAUCUCCCUCCAUCACAGCCCAUCCCCCUCCAUCACAGCACAUCUCCCUCCAUCACAGCACAUCUCCCUCCAUCACAGCACAUCUCCCUCCAUCACAGCCCAUCCCCCUCCAUCACAGCACAUCUCCCUCCAUCACAGCACAUCUCCCUCCAUCACAGCACAUCUCCCUCCAUCACAACACAUCUCCCUCCAUCACAGCACAUCUCCCUCCAUCACAGCACAUCUCCCUCCAUCACAGCACAUCUCCCUCCAUCACAGCACAUCUCCCCUCCAUCACAGCACAUCCCCUCCAUCACAGCACAUCCCCCUCCAUCACAGCACAUCUCCCUCCAUCACAGCACAUCUCCCUCCAUCACAGCACACCCCCCUCCAUCACAGCACAUCCCCCUCCAUCACAGCACAUCUCUCCCUCCAUCACAGCACAUCUCCCCCUCCAUCACAGCACAUCUCCCUUCAUCACAGCACAUCUCCCUCCAUCACAGCACAUCUCCCCCUCCAUCACAGCACAUCCCCUCCAUCACAGCACAUUUUCCCCUCCAUUACAGCACAUCUCCCUCCAUCACAGCACAUCUCCCUCCAUCACAGCACAUCCCCCUCCAUCACAGCAAUUCCCCCUCCAUCACAGCACAUCCCCUUCAUCACAGCACAUCUUCCCUCCAUCCCAACACAUCUCCCUCCAUCACAGCACAUCUCCCUCCAUCACAGCACAUCUCCCUCCAUCAAAGCACAUCUCCCUCCAUCACAGCACCUCUCCCUCCAUCACAGCACAUCUCACUCCAUCACAGCACAUCUCCAUCCAUCACAGCACAUCAUUCUCCAUCACAGCACAUCUCCCUCCAUCACAGCACAUCUCCCUCCAUCACAGCACAUCUCCCCUCCAUCACAGCACAUCUCCCCUCCAUCACAACACAUCUCCCUCCAUCAAAGCACAUCCCCCUCCAUUACAGCACAUCCCCCUCCAUCACAGCACAUCUCCCUCCAUCACAGCACAUCUUCCCUCCAUCACAGCACAUCUCCCUCCAUCACAGCACAUCUCCCUCCAUCAAAGCACAUCUGACUCCAUCACAACGCAUCUCCCCUCCAUCACAGCACAUCUAUCUCCAUCACAGCACAUCUUCCCUGCAUCACAGCACAUCUCCCUCCAUCACAGCACAUCUCCCUCCAUCACAGCACAUCUCCCUCCAUCACAGCACAUCUCCAUCCAUCACAGCAUAUCAUCCUCCAUCGCAGCACAUCACAAUGUGA